AGAAAUGUUCUCGAUAAACAAAAACAUAAUACCGGGUGAAUUCGCCCUUCUAAUGACCAAACAAACGAUGUUUUUUCUACUACAAAUCAAUGCAUGGUAACGCGGAAGGAAUCAGCCCUCGACAAUCACACUGUUUGAGUUCGUGAACGGGAAUGAGGGACAAAAUUUUAAAAUUAAGAACCGAGUAAGUAGGUGAAGAAUGCAGUAGACGACAAUGAACUAAAAAGAACUAGAUCAAGGAUAUCCUAUGAUCAUUAAGGACAGUUUAUUUGUCACAGUGACACCCUAUCGAUUCUUGAAAAUAUGUAUUUUCAAUGUAGAUAAGAAGUUUACCCCUCAUCUGUAAUUUUAUAACAACUUUCUCAAAAUGCCACAAGGAAAAGAGAGCAUGAAAGAUUGUGACAAAAUGUCAGAAAUAGAUGACCACAUUUCGAGAGUUUAUGAGAUUCAGAAGGGUCUCGGAAAGGGGGCCUACGGAAUAGUAUGGAAGGCAAAGAACAGGAAGACGAAGGAAAUAGUCGCUGUGAAAAAAAUCUUUGAUGCUUUCAGGAAUCAGACUGAUGCCCAGCGCACUUUCAGGGAAAUAAUUUUUUUGAGGACUUUUAGGGGACAUCCCAACAUUAUAGAUUUACAUAGCAUACAUAGAGCUGCCAAUGAUCGGGACAUAUAUUUGGGUUUUGAAUAUAUGGAAACCGACUUGCAUAAUAUAAUCAAAAAGGGAAACAUUUUGAAGGAUAUUCACAAGAAGUACAUAAUGUAUCAGCUGUUGAAAGCCAUCAAAUACAUUCAUUCCGGCAACGUUAUUCAUCGAGAUUUGAAACCGAGUAAUAUUCUGCUGGACAGUUCUUGCAGAUGUAAGAUUGCCGAUUUUGGGUUGGCUCGAUCAAUCACACAUAACGGUGAUGGGCAUAUGGGUGGCGCUGGAGAUCCAACACUGACUGACUACGUGGCGACUAGGUGGUAUAGGGCACCUGAAAUACUCAUUGCUAACAGAAGAUAUACGAAGGGUAUCGACAUGUGGAGUUUGGGAUGUAUCCUUGCGGAAAUUCUAGCUGGAAAACCAAUAUUUCCUGGUACCUCAACGGUGAAUCAAGUGGAAAAAAUUAUGGCGAUCAUUCCUACCCCAUCACAGAGAGACAUCAACGCUGUGUGCAUCUCAGGUGUGGGUUCAUCAAUGAUCAAAAACGCAUCCUCUGUCCAAAAAACACCCUUAGAAACCAUAGUGGGACCAAACGUCGAUCCUAACGCACUGGACCUCGUAUCGCAACUUCUAGUUUUCAACCCACACAACCGCCUGACUGCCAGAGAAGCCCUAGAACACCCUUAUUUGGCCAAAUUCCACGACCCCUCUGAGGAAAUAUCCAUGAAGUCCAAUGCAGUGAUCCCUUUCAAUGACGACGUAAGGUUGUCUGUUGAUGACUACAGGAAUAAACUGUAUGAACUCAUGUCGUCUCCGAGACAGAAAAAUAUAAAAGUUUCCCGCCUAACGACACCACCAGCGCAUCGCAACGACGUCAAUUAUAGGUUGGCAAAGAGUACAGAAAGGUAUCUGAAAGGGUAUCUUUACAAGGAAGUGCACAAGUCGUACGUUUCGCAAUCUGAACCAAAGAUGUCUAAUUUUCCCAAAGAACCCAUCAUAGGAAAUAUAAGGUCAGAUUCUAAAGUUCUAACGAAGUGCAAUAUUAGUUUUCCAAGAGAACUAUCUAAGAUGCAGGCUGGAGGAGACUGCAACGCAAGGGUAAAACUUAAAUCGAGAAGUGAGCUGAUGAGCAAAAACAAGAAAGUAGACUCUACCAAACAUCUUUAUAAUGGAUUCAACAGUUACAACAGAAGCCAUGGUAUAAUAAGCCAAAGUGCUUUGAUGGAACUUAAGGCAGCUGGACUGAGAUAAUAAUUUUAUAUCUAUUGCUUGGAUUUUAUCUCUAUUUAGAUCACUUUUUGGUCCUAUAUAACUGAGUUUUACAUAUUUUUGCACUUGUGUAAGAUUUGCCAAUAAAACCGGUGGAGAAAAAAU